UGUUGCUAAGUCCGUUGCCACAGAAGGAGAUUCCGUCUUGUGAUGAUUUUUAGUGCAUGUUGUGCAUGAACAGUUUUUGUCAUUAUUAAUUCGUUUUGGUGCUAAAAUGACAGAACAAACAGCCACCGGGGAACAUAAAGUUGGGAGUUGUAUGUUGCACAACUGGGCGGAGGAGAGGGCUGUCGCUGCCCUUGACCAGGCGGAGAACAGGUUCCAGAUCCGAAGACAAGGUCACAAAGGGAUUCUCACGUUGGACCAGGACACUAAAAUGGAGACUGUGACCACACACAGAACAGACUUCCUCCCUCCGAAGGGCCCAGGGGUGCGGGAGAGGGGCAUCAGGAGUGAGCUUCUGGAAAAACAUAUCGCCCUGAUGAUAAGGGAAAAGAUUCAAGCUGAACAGAACUCACCCCCGGCAGAAAGUGACUUCUGCUCCACCACUCAGAGGGACUUCUGUGUGGAGGGGUUUGUGCCCCUCACACCUGAACUAACACAAGCUCACGAUUAUAAAUCUGACGCAGGGGUUACAUUCUGGAGUGAAAACCGCCAUCAUAUACAUGGUGUGACUGCCGUGCAGACCCUGGAAGCUCCCUUCAGGAAGUCAGCCAAGUUCAGCACACCCAUUAGUGAGCGUCUGGACGAACCUGAGCUCCCACCUGAUAACUGAGACAAACGCUGCUUGUGAAACAGGAUGGCAGGGGAGGAUAAAAGGUGGAGACUUGAGGGGAGGGGGGAGCUGAGGUGUGAAGGAGGUGUGUCUGUAAAUCUGCUCUGAAAGUCAUGAUAGUCGUACUUUAAAAGAUACAAAAAUAAUGGUUAUUUGCAGCCCUAUUUAAAAAAUCACUUUUUUCUGUCGUUUCAGGAAGCAUAUUGAAAGGAUAAACCUGUUCUGUUUUUACAAUCCGGAUCAUAUUUUCAUAGUUUUUUCAUUAUCAAUAUUUUUUUCUACUCUGCACUAUUAAGAUCCUCCUCACUAGGAACAUAACUAGCUGGUAUGUCAACAGCACAGAGAAGCACAACAAGGCUCUGCAAAUGUUUUUCUGUGCUUUACCCUGCCUGGAGGAUACUAGUACCAGGCGGCUCGGAGAUUCAUUAAGGAUCCCAACCAGCCGGAUAAUGAGGUUUCUCCCUGCAGCGGUGAGGAAUAACAUACUGAUACAAGAUGCCUGGGAGGCUUAGGAAGAGCGCCUGCCCUCAGGACACAAGGGUCGGAAAUGAGGCCACUGCCUAAGACUGACCAAGAAACCAAUUUAUAGCCUAUAUUUUCUUUAUUUUUAUGUAAAGGCUUUGUUUGAAUAGAUGUUUUUUUAAGAACAAUUUUCCAAAGCUCUACAUAUAACCUAAUCUAAUUAUACUGCAGUGAAUAAAAUAUAAUUCAUGAUAUGUAGUUUA